GUUAGCGUGCAGUCAGACCCCAGCCACAGCUCAGCGAGGGAAAAGGACUCCCAGCGCGAGCGAGCCGGUUCUCCGCCUCUGCCUGGUGGGUCCCGGGAUCGAACUCAGUUCGCCAGGAUCGGCGGCAGUCCCCUUGACUUUCUGAGCGGUCUCGCCAGCUCCAGACAGACUUUUGACAAGCACGCUAGGCCCCGUCCCUCACGCACUGCGCAACCUCUGCGCCUCCCUCAUCGCCCUUAGAACUUCGUCGAGCGGCAGUGACGCGAGGCGGCCGCCGGAAGUGUCGCUAAGUGUUGUGCGACUCGGUCUGUACUGCGAGGGGCCUGGACCCGGAGCGAUACCGCUAUGUCGAUCGAAAUCGAGUCUUCCGAUUUCCAAGUCCUUUGGAACCUUGAUUCUGUGACUUUCGCAAUUAAGUGGAAAGUGGGCAGUAAAAGGACUAAGUUGUGUGAUUCGUCUUAUCAUGCAGUACUUGAAGGAGAACAGUUUACAUCGGGCAUUGGCCACCUUGCAGGAGGAGACUACUGUCUCUCUUAAUACUGUGGACAGCAUUGAAAGUUUUGUGGCUGAUAUUAAUAGUGGCCAUUGGGACACUGUUUUACAGGCUAUCCAGUCUCUGAAAUUGCCAGACAAAACCCUUAUUGAUCUCUAUGAACAGGUUGUUUUGGAAUUGAUAGAACUUCGUGAAUUGGGUGCUGCUAGGUCACUUCUGAGACAGACAGACCCCAUGAUUAUGUUGAAGCAAACACAACCAGAGCGCUAUAUUCAUCUGGAAAACCUCUUGGCCAGGUCCUACUUUGAUCCUCGUGAGGCAUAUCCCGAUGGAAGUAGCAAAGAGAAAAGGAGAGCAGCAAUUGCCCAGGCAUUAGCUGGGGAAGUCAGUGUGGUGCCUCCAUCUCGUCUCAUGGCAUUGCUGGGACAGGCGUUGAAGUGGCAGCAGCACCAGGGAUUGCUUCCUCCUGGUAUGACCAUAGAUUUGUUUCGAGGCAAAGCAGCUGUCAAAGAUGUGGAGGAAGAAAAGUUUCCCACGCAACUGAGCAGGCAUAUUAAGUUUGGUCAGAAAUCCCAUGUGGAAUGUGCUAGGUUUUCUCCAGAUGGUCAGUAUCUGGUCACCGGAUCUGUUGAUGGAUUUAUUGAAGUGUGGAACUUCACUACAGGAAAAAUCAGGAAGGAUCUAAAGUACCAGGCCCAGGAUAACUUCAUGAUGAUGGAUGAUGCUGUCCUCUGCAUGUGUUUCAGCAGAGAUACUGAAAUGUUAGCCACUGGGGCCCAAGAUGGAAAGAUUAAGGUGUGGAAGAUUCAGAGUGGACAGUGUUUAAGAAGAUUUGAAAGGGCACAUAGUAAAGGUGUCACCUGUCUAAGCUUUUCUAAGGAUAGCAGUCAGAUCCUUAGUGCAUCUUUUGAUCAAACAAUAAGAAUUCAUGGUUUAAAAUCUGGAAAAACACUGAAGGAAUUUCGAGGUCAUUCCUCCUUUGUUAACGAGGCAACAUUUACACAAGAUGGACAUUACAUUAUCAGUGCAUCUUCUGAUGGCACUGUGAAGAUCUGGAAUAUGAAGACCACAGAAUGUUCAAAUACCUUUAAAUCCUUAGGCAGUACUGCAGGGACAGAUAUUACUGUCAAUAGCGUGAUUCUGCUUCCUAAAAACCCAGAGCACUUUGUUGUGUGCAACCGAUCAAACACAGUGGUCAUCAUGAACAUGCAGGGGCAGAUUGUCAGAAGCUUCAGUUCUGGUAAAAGAGAAGGUGGUGACUUUGUUUGCUGUGCGCUCUCCCCUCGUGGUGAGUGGAUCUACUGUGUUGGGGAGGACUUUGUGCUCUACUGCUUCAGCACAGUCACUGGCAAGCUGGAGAGAACACUGACGGUCCAUGAGAAGGAUGUGAUUGGAAUUGCACACCACCCCCAUCAGAACCUGAUUGCCACCUACAGUGAAGAUGGACUCUUGAAGCUCUGGAAACCAUAAGUCAUCAUUUACAGUGCAGCCAGGGAGCAUGUACUUAAAAAGGAGUGUUCAUGUAUUGCUUUUGCUUUUUCAUGUCUGCCUUUGUUAUCAAAGAUACUGUCUGAAUGAGUACAUUGUUUAAACCAUAGAUAAAGCUUUUUUUUUUUUUUUUUUUUUUUUUUUGAAGAGACAGGGUUUCUCUGUAAUCCUGGCUGUCUCGGAACUCUCUGUAGAGCAGGGUAGCCUUGAACUCAGAGAUCCAUCUGCCUGCCUCUCAAAUGUUGGGACUAAAGGUGUGCGCAAUCACCACCACCCGGCUUCCUUUUAAAGACAUUAGUUAUCUUCUAACUGGGGCAGUCAUUUAAUGUUUUCACUAAUCUUCUGCCAAAAGACUUGUUAUUUCUAAAGGAAAAACUUAUUUCAAAUGCUAAUUAAAACCCAUGUCCUAGCAUAAAAUGUGUAAAUAUGUCUUUAUGCCAUAUUCAGUAGCUGUGGGUUUUUUUUUAAAUUUUUAAUAAACUUAAUACCUUUCUGAACCUUUCUGAA